CGCCAACGAGGAGUCUCACUCAUUUCCUCUCCUUAUUUCUCUGUUCUCCAGACAAAACCCUAAUUUCGAUUCAGUUUGGACCUUGUAAUACAUAUCUCUUUUUCUCCGACUCUCUCUCAUUCUCUCUCUCGCCUGCGCGAUUUUGACCGUCGAUCGAUCGGCCUCGGCCCAAUCGUCUUUUCCGACCAGGGACUUUGUUGUUCUCCCUGAAGAUGUCUCCAGCUUCGAAGUCAAAAUCGAAGGAGAAGAAGGCUGGAAAGGAUGCCCAAAAGGCGUCCAUGAAGCCUACAGUAUCCAUUAACGCAAAUAGCAGUAUGCCAGCCAAUGCUUACAAUCCUCUUCUGGGAACAUUUCAGGUUCUUGAUCCAGUCUCGAUAUCUUCUGGUUCACCACUUCAUAAUGGUCGCUUCAGAAGUAUAGAUGAGGCUGACGGGUACGGGGUUGAGUCUGAUGCCAUAUCAAACAAUGGUAGCUGGUCAGGUGAAUCGGAAGAUCACAAGGAGAAAACAUCAAAUGCAUCCGUCCGGCAGGAAGUGAUACCGGGUGCAGACAAUGAUAAGAGAGAAAAAAUCCGGCAGAAGAAUGAAAGAAAACAUCAGCGGCAGAAGGAGAGGCGGGCUCAGGAAUUGCAUGAGAAGUGUAGCACAUAUCUCAUGUCUAGAAAGCUUGAAACGCUUACCCAGCAACUUGUAGCCAUGGGAAUUUCUCAAGAGCAUGCAACAACAGCUCUGAUGUUGAAUGAAGGCAAGGUAGAGGAGUCUGUCCAUUGGUUGUUUGACAGGAGUGAAGAAGAAGUAGAGAAGCAAAGCACUCAGAAUACUGGGAACUUGAAAAUAGAUAUAGCUGAAGAACUUGCUAGGAUUACCGAUAUGGAGAUGCGGUUUAAGUGCACAAGGCAGGAGGUAGAAAGAGCAGUUGUUGCAGCAGAGGGUGAUCUUGACCAAGCGGAGGAAGCCUUAAACGCUCAAAAACAUGACCAGUAUCCUGUGCCGGUGAAACAAGAAGAGCCAGGGGAUCCUCUGACUUCUGGUAAUGGGAAACUUCCAGCAGGAAUCACUUAUCAGAAUUCAGCAGCACCGAGGCCACAAACAAAACCAGUUCCAAUGCCUGCUUUACAACAAGCAAGAGAUGAAAGGGACUUUAACUACACAAAAUCGCCCCCUAUGACAGGAGGAUCCUUGCAACCUUUGAAUAAAAUGGUUCAGCCUUUGAAGAUACUCGAUCCAAAGUUAGAGUGGGCAAAACCUCAACAAUCUGCUGCUUUGGUUGAUAAAAGGUGGACAAACACAGGACAAAUCCCAUCUGCCUCUUACCCUUUGGCGUCACCAUCUCAAACGUCACCUCAUACAAUGAAGGUCGAAGCCCGGUAUGUACCCAAAUCCAAGAAUCUUCAGCAGCCAUCGAAUAGGGAUCCAGUCACAAUGAUGCAGCGGACACAAGUUGUAAGCGCAAAGCAGAUUCCAGCUUCAAGUAUUAGCACAUCUCCUCCUGGAACUUCGACCAGUCGGCACCCUGCUACUGGCAUUGAGAUCAUGAAGUCCAAUGGUUUCAUGCCACCGCAUAUCCCGAGCACUCGAAGCCCAAGUCCAAACAAUCUGAACCCAAAUCAAAUCUACCAGCAAUUUCAGUAUCAACACCAGCAGCGGUUCAACAACAUGAUGGAUCCAAAUUCAACUGGGAUGGCCCGUGGUGGCAAUGGCUUGUGGACCAGAAACAUUGCAUCUCCUCCAAUAGUAGCCGCUGCAUCUUCCUUAGGACUAUUCUCUGGGGUAGGUUCAACAGGUACGUCGGGUGCUUCUUCGCCUGUGGAUUGGAGCUCUGGAAACUCGGUGGCACACCUGGACUACACGAGCAUAGACUGGAGUCUCGAUCGAGGCUUAUCCCUGAGUCCUAAAUUCAACGGGUUAUGGCCUGGAUCAACCUCACCGCUGAAGAACAACAACCGCCUUAUGUAUGAUGCGGACAUCAAUGGUUACGGUCUGAAAAACUCGAUGGGAGUCAGGGGGAAUGGCAGUGGUGUACCUAUGGGGGGACUGGAGAAUGGUAAUGUUGCCAUGCCUGCAGAAACAUCAGCAACUAAUUCUCGGGAAUGGACAUCACCCUUUGAAGGGAAAGACAUAUUUAGCUUGUCUAGACAGUAUGUUUCUCCUCCUCUGUAAAAGAGUUGGAGAAUGACAUGAAGCAAUAAAAGAAGGAAAAAAAAAAGACUGAGAAAGGAAAAAAAAAAGGAAUGUUUCCCUGACUAUGUGUGCUUUUGUUUCUCACCUGCUCUGGUUUAAUUUACAGUGAAUAUCUUUUCUUUAUAACU